GGAUAAAGUUAAGAUGACAAUCUCUUAAUAACUAAUCUUAAGAUACGUUCUUAUCGCAAUUUUGUUCUAAUUAAAUAUAAAUAAAUUCAUUUACAAAAUGACUUUUGAAGUUAACUACGCCUUAUCCGGAGUAACAAAGGAGCUAUAGGGAACAAUUUGGGGAGAAUUGUAAUUAUCAGUGUAAGCAGAAUAGAAAAGAAAAUAAAACAGUGGAAGAUUGGGCGGGAUCCGGAGUGUGAAGGGAGCCAUCAUCUUCUUCUCAUUACUACUCUCAGGUAAGGAAGAGGAGCUUGCUCUUUCCCUUGCUUGAAUGGCGACAGUAGCUUCUGGUGCUUUGGUUAACUUAGAAGAGCUGGUUCCACCUUCCCCACACUUUAACCAUGGGACCUCUCUUCGUGUAACUGGAAAGCUCCAAAAGUAUGAUGUGGAGACUGCUAUUGCUGUGAUUGUUGAUGGAAAUGCAUCAUUGAAAGUUGACACACAGCACUUGAAUCUCAAUCUUCGCAUUGGUUCAAUCUUCCAGUUUAUUGGAGAGCUGCUUCUUGUACCUGAUCAUGAGGCAAUUCUGAAGGCACGAGUUGGACGAAAUAUGGAUGGAAUGGAUCUCAAUCUUUAUCGUCAAACUCUGCAGCUCUUGAGAGAUUUUCAAGCUGGUCGUUGAAAAGUUAGACACCUUAGUGAAGGAAUCAUCAUUGGGAAUUUACCUAAAGUAAUAGCUAGAUAUCAUUUUAGCAACAUAGUAAAGGGCGUUCUUGACUGUUAAGAUUAUGUUUGGUUGGUUGUCAUACAGCAUGAUGUUGCCCAUCAAACUAAUCCCAACCUUUAACAUGUGCUUCAGAAAAUGUAUUAAUUUGAAAGAUGUUAUCUUGUGAA